UCUGGACUCCUGCCUCAGAGUAUAACUCCACAACAACAGGCCGGCAGAAGCAGAAGCAGAAGCAGAAGCAGAAGCAGACCUACGGGUGAAGAAGAAGAAGCCGUUCCAGAACCGAGAGGCCGACAUGUCUCUGCUGUGCUACAACAAAGGCUGUGGACAGAAGUUUGACUCCAGCAGGAACCCAGACGACUCGUGUCUCUUCCAUCCCGGAGUUCCAAUCUUCCACGAUGCUCUGAAGGGCUGGUCCUGCUGCAGGAAGAGAACCACAGACUUCUCCGAGUUCCUCUCCAUCAAGGGAUGCACCCGCGGACGCCACAGCAACCAGAAGCCCCAGGAGCCCCUGAGGCCGGAGGUCACGUCCAACAAGGCGGAGACCAGGCCCUGCGGCGAGCAGGAGAUCAUCUACCAGGGGCCCAAGUCCGCAGAGACGCUGCAGAAGGAGCGGCCCCGGGGUGACGAGCCCAUGACCAAGCUGCCCCACAAAGUGUCGGCGUCGCUGGUCCAGGCGCUGGAGAAGCUGGACAUCAGCCUGAACGGCGAGAGCGAGAAGAAAGACAGCCAGGCGGUCCUCCCAGGAACCCGCUGCAAGAACUCAGGCUGCAAAACAGUGUAUGAAGGCCCGGAGACAGACCGCCAGGUGUGCACACACCACCCCGGAGCGCCCGUCUUCCACGAGGGAUAUAAGUACUGGAGCUGCUGCUGCAUAAAGACGACAGACUUCAACGCCUUCCUGGACCAGAAGGGCUGCAGCUCCGGAAACCACCGCUGGAUCCCCAAACAGGACAAGAAGAAGGUGGCGUGUCGACACGACUGGCAUCAGACUGGAAACAAUGUGGUCGUGACCAUUUAUGCCAAGAACGCAAACCCACAGCUCUCCAGUGUGAACGCCAACCGGACUGUGCUGUCCUGUCAGAUCCACUUUGAGAAUAAUAAACUCUUUAAGAGGGACUUCCACCUCUGGGGGGUGAUCAACACCAAGCAGAGCUCCGUCAACAUGCUGCCCUCCAAAGUGGAGGUCACGCUCCGGAAGGCCGACCAGGUGUCCUGGGGCAAACUGGAGGAUCCCAACUACAAGCCGGAGCCGGAGCCGGCGGAGGAGGAGCUGGGCGGCGGCGGCGGUGAAGAGCCGGCGGCGCCCGGCUGGGACAUCGAGGACGACGACAUCAGCGACUCGGACGAGGAGUGGGCCUAUGACACAGAGGAGAACCGGCAGCUGAAGGAGAGGAGGAGGCAGGAGAAGGAGGAGAGGAGGGAGGAGGAGGUGCAGAGGAAGAGGAAGGAGGUGGAGGAGGAGAUGAGGCGGGCCAUGGAGGACAGGAGGAGGGCGGAGGAGGAGAGGAGGAGGCUGGAGGAGCAGAGGAGGCUGGAGGAGGAGCAGGACGGCUUCGAGGACAUGCCGGAGCUGGAGGACCACGACCAGGACGAGGCCUGACCCCAGACCAGCAGCUCCCUGCAGGGACACGAGACACCGCUUGACCUUUGACCUUUGAUCCUUUGUUUUUAAUAAAGUUAAAC